AUGGAUUUCCGGUUCUGGACGCCUGCGCAAAAGGAAAGUAGGUUUCUAUCCCUGUUCACGGUUGUGACGUUCCCGAACGGAGGAUGCUCUGGUGCUUCUGGGGACAACGGGACCUGCAUGACAGCGAGGGAAUGCUCCGCGAGAGGCGGCUCCGCGAAUGGCUACUGCGCGAAUGGUUACGGCUUAUGCUGCAUUUUCAUGACAUCUUGCGGGAGUACAACGUCGGAAAACGGAACAUACUUCGUGAAUUCCGGAUACCCCUCGCCAUACGACGGCACAAGUUCUUGCGAACUUACUAUCAACAAGUCCCAUCCGAGUGUUUGCCAAAUCAGAUUGGACUUCGAUCGUUUUACAAUCGCUGGUCCAGAGAAAAUGAACCACGUGUGUAAUCAGGACCAAUUCAUUGUGUCCGGUGGUAAUCCGAUUCCGGCCAUAUGUGGGAUGAAUCAAGGAAAUCACAUGUACGUCGACGCCGGUAUAGGAACAACAAAUCCGGUGAAGUUGACAUUUGUUACAAGCGGCAACUCGUUCGAGAGAAUAUGGAAGGUAAAAGUGACGCAGAUACCUUGCGACACUAUUUACAAAGCGGUCGAGGGAUGUCUUCAAUAUCACACCGGAGUGUCUGGUCAGAUAAAAUCUUUCAACUACGACCCCGCAUCAGGUCUGCAGUUGAGUAACCAAGAUUACGGCAUUUGUAUACGGAUGGAAAGAAACUUCUGUGGCAUACAAUAUACUGCUUGUCCAGAUACAGUCAACAAUCGAUCCCGGUCAUUCACCCUGAGUGGCAACAGCAACGGACCGGUCAAUUCCAUGAUAGGAUCCGGUGUGGGGCCCAACAAUUGCGCCAACGAUUGGCUGCUCAUACCGUGUGCAGCUAAUGUGGGUAGGAUCCAGCCAGCUCAGGCUUUAUGCACGGACAGAAUCUGCGGUGGAACGUUCUCGGCCGAUUUGUCUAUGCAAUCCGCCUCUGUACUGAGCACAGUCAAACCAUUCCGUCUUUGGUUUCAUACAGACAACGUCGAAGCGCCUGUGGACGUAGAUAACAGAGGAUUUUGCCUCAAUUAUGUGCAGCAACCUUGCACUAACAAUUACAUCGCUUUGAUCGCCAGUGAACUAGAAGAUACAUACAGCAGAAGCUUGAUUCCAGAAAUUAUGAGUAGCACUCACGCGGCCAUUGCAAACGAUGUCCGAAAUAAAAGGAGUAAAACUGAAAGAUUUAUUAUAUCCAUGUUCGCACAUGAAACAAAAAAAGGCUUUAUGUAG